ACAGGAGCCAGUACUCUGGAGGAGAGAGAGAGAGAGAGAGAGAGACAUGCUGUGAAACAGAAAGAGAGAAAGAAAGGAAUGAGGGCAAGACAGAACAGAUGCCUGUAAGGAAAGUAGUGCUGCAUGCACCGACAGCCAGUUGCUCUCAUUUUCCUGUUUGCAUUUAAUAACUAUUGAUCAGAGUACUAUAGAUGUAGAAGUACAGAAGUUCCAACAUGAAUAGAUGUAUGUGUGGGGAAGGAACUGGUGCUGAUUUCUAAAGAUAGUUCUUAACAGAACUGCCUGCUGUUGCUAACACAGCUGCUAACCUGCUCUGCACUAGAAUAAAGAAGUCAGUAGUACUUUAGAGGAAAGCAACGUUCCUUCUGGUCUUUGCCAUCAUCCUUGUGGCUUUGCACAGCUCUCAGACAUUAUUUUCAAUUCACAAUGGCACAGAAUUCCUAUUACUUGAAGAUCCCUUGUCCUGAGGAAGGAACUGCAGGAGGUCCUGAGGAUGAAGAUGAAGAGGAAGAUGACAGCUUGCUCAGGGUACAUCUAAUCCCCAGGUCUUCACCAACUCCAAGGCAGAAAUCCUUGUCAGAGGAUGAAGAGGAUGAUAUCUGUCUACCACCAUCUCAGUCACGGAAGGUCAGCUUUGCAGAUGCCUUUGGUUUGGAUCUUGUGGAGGUAAAAUACUAUGAGAAAUAUGGAUCACCAGAUUCACCAGAAUGUGACCUGCAGUACCAUGAAACAAAUAACCAGGACUUGGGUUUUUAUGUCAUCCCCUGUUUUGCUUUCCCAGCAGCCAGGCAACAACUGCUGGAAAAGCUUUACUUAGAGAAAGUGGCAGUGGAAAGCAUCUUGCCAGUAAAGGGUGACCCACUUUCUAUUAGUGGUGUGGUUCGUGUCUUAAAUGUUUCUUAUAAUAAAAUGGUCUACAUUCGUACUACCAUGGAUAACUGGACAACCUUCUAUGACCACCUUGCUGAUUAUGUGCCAGGCUCAUUUGAUGGUGAAACAGAUCAGUUUUCCUUCUGUCUCUCCUUUGUUGCACCUUUUGUAUAUGAUGGGGCCCGGAUUGAAUUUGUUGUUCGUUAUGAGACAGACGAGGGAAGCUACUGGGCUAAUAAUGAUGCAAAGAAUUACUCCAUUGUUCUUAAAAUGAAUGAAACAGCUGUUGCAGCUCCUGGGUCACAAGUGAAACCAAUUAUCCCAGAGGAUGAGCCCAGAAAGCUUAAAAGUUGUCUGAAGAUAACAAAUGACAGCAAUGUAUUCAAAGGGCAGUGCAUUCGUGCUGCCCGCAUGUCUUCAGAAAGGGAAGUUAUGGAAAAAGAAUUGGUGGAGAUUUAUGAAAUGUUUGUGAACCGAGGUUACCCGAAGGACAUGCUAGAUAACAUCACUGAAUAUGUUAAAGGAGAAUGA